AUGGAAAAUACUUUUGAAAAAAGCUCAGAAAGAAAAGACUUAGAAAACCUCACCACAAUAACCCGUAGAGAACGACUUUACCACAGCCUUGCUAAUGAUAGAGUUCACCGUUGACAGACAACUCUUUUCGAUGUUUUUGUAAGACUAGAGUCUGUUGAUGGAAAAAGGAAAAGGAAUAAAUUUCAAAUUCUUAUUAAUUACUUGGCUUUGAUUAUAAGGAAACUUCAGCUUCUAUCAUUAGUUCUUUUGGAUUAUAAUUUAGAAGUAUCGUUUACUUUAAUGUCUUUAUUUAACACACUGAUGGUUGGAACCAGACUCGACGUUUUAUCAAUUAAAUUAUAUUAAUUUAAUGUUAUUAGUUACACAAAUUUUACUCCCCUGGCUAGCAAGCAUAAAAAAAAGGUUUAUUUUUUUUCUUCUUAAAAUAUCCAAAUAUGUAAAUAAAAUUAAUAUAUUAUGCUUAAAAUUUAUUAUUGUAAUCAUUAAUUAUAUAUUAGAUAUAGUUUUGCUCCAUUAAAUCUAUAUUAAAAAAUUAUUUUGCUAUAAUUCUUCUAAUUUAUAGGAAUUUCCUUUGAUAGUUAAGUUAUAUUUCACCAUAAUUGAGCAUAGAUUUUGAAAUUGAGUAUCUUAUGGCCCUAAUCGCUAGUGUUUAUAUAUGAGGAGUAUGCUUUGUGCUAUUAUACAUACAGAUUUAUUUUAAAAAAAGAAUCUUCCUUAAACCAAUAAUUUUGAGUGCACAAAUCUUGGGAUGGCUAUGUGAAUACAUUAUUUUUAUACCUUAUAUAUAUACGGCAUUAAUUUAUAUUAAAUAUUCCUGAGAUCAAAAUCAUAAAGUAGAAGAGUAUGGCAGCAAAGUUUCGGAUAACCUCAGCCCUCUUACAGCUUUGAUCCUGAUAUUUGGUGCUAUAAUUCUUCAGUUUAUUUUGUACUUCCGAACGAUCUAUAACUGUAAUCCUGCCUAUUCUUUGAAGAACAAGCGACAUAGAAUGUAUUCUUUGAUAUCUUUGAAAGAUUUUUUCCUACAAGAAGUCGUUACAUUUUGUGCUUUUACGAAUUCCGUGUAUUAUUUUGAGGCAACCUGCAUAAUCUCAUCUUUAUAUAUGGCUUGGCAAUAUAUUGCAUAUCUGCCUUUUGUGACUCUUUUUGAUAACGGUUUUGAAGCUAGCACAUGAAUUAUGCUCAUUUUCGGGGAAAUUUCUCAUAUUAUUGCUUAUCAUGUAGGAGCAUUGCAUGCAAAGGUACUUUUAAUGGUUUUUGUGUUUCCUGCCGCAAUGGUUUUGUUUUAUUCCCUUAUGAGGUGGCGCUUUGACAGGAUUAAGAAUUGGUCAAAAGAUGAUCCUUUUACAGUUGAGCUUAAAAUUCGAAAGAUUCUGCUUGGGAUAAAGCUGCAAGAUUUUACAGACGAACUCCUUGAAAUCAUCAAAAAAACGUAUACAGAAGCCACUAAAAAAUUUUUAUCAUUUAAACUUAUGUUUAUUUGGGAAAGUAUUUUUACUUUAAAUUAUAGGAAUAAUAAAUCACUUGCAUUGCUCAAGCUAUCAAAAAUAAACUUUUCUUGCACUGAGCAUUUAAAGAUUUGGUAUCAGUCGGAUAAGCAAGUGUCCAGUUUUUAUUCUUUUCCUGAUUUAGAAGCUGAAUUUUUAUUUUACUUUUUAUACAAAAAGCUUGUCAAUGAAGAAAGGUCUGAAGAUCUUAUCCUGCUUCGAUAUCUAAAAGAUAUGAAUGAAUUUAAAAAUAAAGAUUUAGAAGUUUCUUCAGAACUCUGAAACGUUUACCGAAAAAUUUCAAACAUUUCUAGGCACCCUGCUCGGGCUAUUAAUAGGGCUUGCACAAAACUAAUAGAGGUAAAGCAUAGUUUUGAAAUUUUUGCGGAAAGAAUGAUAAAAAAAUAUCAAGCGGACUCAGAGCUCCUGUCUAUUUAUGGGUCAUAUAUGACUGAUUUUUUAGAACAAAGUGAAGGGAAUUUGUUUUUAGCAAGAAGUAGAGUGCUAAAAGAAUCAAAUGAUGGAGGAAUAGAAAAGCUGACUGGGUUUAAAUAUCAAAAAGGGACUUCUAUUAUGGUUGUUAGUGGGAUGUUUGGAUCAAUUGGAGAUAUUUUGUAUCUGAAUAAUGAUAUACUUGACUUACUUAAAAUAGAAUGCAUUGAUAAUGUAAUAGGAACAAGCUUCUGCCAAUUUAUGCCAGCUCCAUUUGAUGUGAUGCAUUACGAUAUUUUAAAAGAGAGAGAGAUUUAGAUUAGAGAGGUUAACUGGGGUUUAUUUCAGCCCCUAGCCAGUCGAGCUUCAGCUUCGCGCUUCAUGUGGCGCUAGUCACUAAAGCCACCUAACGCGCCUUUUUUGUCGACGUCACCAUUUUUAAUGACGUCGCCAUCUUUCGGGGAGACUCACCCGAAACCUGCUGGACCAAAAAAUUGCAGCAAAGGACUCUCUUAACCCCUGGUAAUGCUCAGGGUAUGAGGGACCGUCCCGUACCUUCUUCUGGAACUACCCUUGCCAUUUGCAGGCAUCAUAUUGCUCCUCCAGAAGUAUCCGAUUGGUACUGCGCCGUCGGUCUUCUCGCCUGUGGGCCGAGGAGAGGCCCAGUCAGCCCCCAAGCCAACACCCACCCCGGACAAUCACCGUCAGCGACCCCGUGGCCCUUCGGGGCCACUUUUUUUAAUUUGUGACCCCAAAUUCUGGAUUCUUUUUUUUCUUGUCGCAGUACAGCAACGUGUCGCCACAUUGCCUAACGGCAAUUUGAUAUUUUAAGAAGAUACUUAAUUUUUGGUGACAAAGUUGAUUUAUAUCGUCCUCACAUGUUUUUAAUUACAGCUGAAAACCAUUGUGUUGAAGUUUCUAUGCAUUUUAGACUUGUAUUCUAUAAGCAAAUUCCUUAUUUCAUAGCAGAUUUCAAUUCAAGAGGCCAUCGAAAAAAUUUAAUUUUGCAUUCUCCUGAUGGACUUAUUUAUGCUGUAUCAAAAGAUAUCAAGAAUUUUAUUGGGAGUAGAGAAGGCACAGUUUUUGAAGUGAUUUUAAAUUUAGCUUAUUAUUAUGAACAAUAUGAUACUGGACAAUGUUUUGAAUAUAAUGAAGAUUUUUACUGUAAAAUGAUGAGGUUUAAAUUAGCAAUUGAUGGGUUUGUAUUAGAAGUUUUAUAUAUGGCUGAUUCGCUUGAAGCCAUAAGCCCUACAUCAGAUACUCCACCAUUAUUCAUUAAAAAGAGGGCAGGAUCUUUUAAUGAAUUUGCAUAUAGGACUGAUAUUUCCAUGGAGCCUGACGAAGCGUGGAAAAAAACCACUGAUGUCGCAAGCAACCACACCUAUGCAUCUUCAAUUUUAUCUAAAAUCAGCAUAAAGAGAAAAACAGAAGUCGCUAAUUUAAAAAUAUUUACGCUAUGCAGAGCUUUAAAUAUGAAUAUCAGGAUUGCUAUAGGAGUUUUAUUUGUAGUGACAUUUAUUUCAAUAAUUUUAGAGACGGUUUUGGUUAAUAAUCUCAAAAUGUCAGAUAUUCUUAAUGAUUUGGAUUAUAUGAGAUAUUUGGAAAACUCUAUACUCUUAAAUAUAAGGUCGCUUGAUUUAAUAAGCCAAGGGUAUAAAACUGCCUUUACUGAAUCUUACUAUAGAGAUUUGCUUCAAAAAACCUCUGAAAGUUUAGAAGAUCGUAUAAUACUUAACAACGAUAAAAUACAUUCUUAUGGCUUUUUGCACAAUAUUUUUUCGGAUAACAAAGCAUCAAUAUCAGAAUUAAUUGAAGGGAAUUCUGUUAGAGUUACUUAUGAAAAUUUAUUCCAUUGUGCACAAGCUUAUGUUACACAUGCGAAAGCAAUUAUAAAUACUGAUAUUAGCGAUUUUAAAACUAUUUAUAAUGACUUCUAUUUUAUUUAUUAUAACCUUCCUACAGAAAUGAUAAGAAUGCUAAAUGAAAGCGUUUACACAAUUUCAAAGGAUUUUGAGGACCAUGUUGAUAGCACUUUUUUAUUUUUAAAAUUCUUCAAAGCUGCAUUUUUUGUUCCCCCUAUAAUAAUGAUAAUUUUAUCUAUUCCAACCCUCAUUAUACUAGAAAAAAUAAAUAAAGAAAACUGACAUAACUUAUCACAUCUAGACAUGGAUCGGCAGACAUAUUUAAGAGACAAACUUAUAGAUAGACUUCGCGAUCUGCAUGGAAUAAGUGUUGAUUUUAUAGAACCGAAAGCAAGCACAAAUGAAAAUUACUCUUCUAUUUGAAAGAUCCUGAUUAUAAAAAUAUUGCUAUUGCAGAUCUUAAGUAUUGCGUACUAUAUUGCUGCUUUAUAUGGUUUUCAAAUUGAGCUGAACGAAAUAUUAAUUUAUCAAUCGAAAUUCAUUUUUAAUCAUGGCCUCACUCCCCCCGCCCUUUAAAUUGAAACAAAAAAAUUUUGUUUCAAUUUAAAGGGGGGUUAAGAAAAUUUUUUUAUAAAAAAAUUUAUAUAUUUAAUUUUAAUUUCAUGAAAAAUUAAUUCAUAAAUUUCUCAAUCUCAAAGUGUAAACUUGCUGAAAUGGUAUAUUCUUCUAACUCUCCCCAUAACAAUUGGACAAAAUAGAGUUUAAUUUCUAAAUCUUAUAUGUUUGAAGCAUAUUAAAUAGGGUAUUAACGUAUUUACAUAUAAAAUAAUGAUUUUUACCUAUAAAAUUUUCUAUUAUAAUAAAAUUUUGUUUCAAUUUAAAGGGGGGGUAAUUUCCCAAAAAAGUAGGAAUUUUACCUAUAUUUUGUUUCAAUUUAAAGGGGGGGGAGUCAGAAGAAUGCUAUCAGAGAAUUCUUAUUUUUGGGCUAGAGAAAAAUUCGUAGGCGAAUUUAAUAAUUCUUUUAUGAAUUGAAUAGACAAAUCGCCAUUUCCAUCUUUUUCAGUGAAACUUGAUUUUGUAAUAAAUGAGCUUGAAUAUCUUGAAAAACUCUUAAGCGACAAAGAUUAUUCUGAAUUUUAUAGCAGCAAUAUGGUUAAUUUAGAGGUGGGAAAUCCAUGUGACGCAAUUGAAGAAAAUUUAGCAAGCUGUGAAAGUAGCUAUGUUGGUGUAGGGAUUAAUCCAGCAAUGAAAAGCUAUGUUAAUGAGCUAAAAGAUUACUCUGUAUCAAGCCAUUCAAGCUGAGAAGAUAUUGUUAGAUUAGAAAAAUAUUCUGAUGUAUUAGCAAGAUCUACUGUUUUUAUGACCUAUAAUUAUCUUAAUUCAACUGAUGAUAAAAUUGAUGAAAAAAUCACCGGAUUAAUGGUCGCAACACUUCUUUAUUUUUUUUCUCUGAUUAUUGUGUCAAUUAUACUUGUAUUCCAUGCAGUAAAUAAAAUCAAAAAUGAAUUGAUUGGAAAAAUAGAUAUUUUAAAAUAUUUUUAG